GGGAAGUAAGGCAAAAGGAGCAAGAAAGGGUGUUGUCGAGGAGGUUGAAUAUUGUCAAAGUAUCUUAUGUACAUGUAUGAAAAUAUCACAGUGAAAGCCGUUGUUCUGUACAACUAAUAUACACCAGUAAAAAAGAAAAAAUAUGUGAAAAUAUACAUUUCAUUUAGAAAGCCCACUUGUUCACUUCGUAUAGGAAAAAGGAUUCACAAUUCAAUGGAGAUGAUCCUUCAUGCUUGUGUUCCUCCCACCCCUAUCCCGGCUCUCACAUGUAUAACAGUCAUGACAGUCGUGCAUUUUGGCUCUGGAGAAGGCACUUCAGAAGACGCGGUCAUGAUGAACACACCUGUGGUUAAAGCGGCUUUGGAAAUGGGCUUCAGUAGAAGCCUGGUAAAACAGACAGUUCAGCGUCAAAUCCUGACCACGGGCGAGAACUACAAAACUGUCAGAGAUCUUGUGAUAGGCUUACUUGAUGCGGAAGAUGAACUAAGAGAAGAGGAGAAGGAAAGAGCGUCCGAGGAGAAAGAAUCAGAUGAUUUAGCAUUAAUUCGGAAGAACAAAAUGGCACUUUCUCAACAUUUGACUUGUGUAACUCCAAUCUUGGAUAGUCUACUAAGUGCCCGCGUGAUCAAUGAACAAGAAUAUGAUGUUAUUAAAACACAGAAAGCACAGACUUCUUUACAAGGAAGAAAACUGAUUGACACUGUCUUAGUAAAUGGAAAUACUGCAGCUGCCAUAUUCAAAAACUCCCUGCAAGAGAAUGACCCCGUGUUGUACCAGCAUUUAUUUGUGCAACAGGACAUCAAAUAUAUUCGCACAGAGGACAUCUCAGAUCUACCAAUGGAAGAACAAUUGCGGAAACUCCAAGAAGAAAGAACAUGUAAAGUGUGUAUGGACAGAGAGGUGUCCACAGUGUUCAUUCCCUGUGGCCAUCUAGUCGUAUGCAAAGAUUGUGCGCCUAAUCUGAGAAAAUGUCCUAUUUGUAGAGGUACCAUCAAGGGCACAGUUCGUACAUUUCUUUCAUGAAAAAGAUCUAAGACUGGGUUUGGUGGUGCACGCCUAUGAUCCUAGCACUUGGGAAGUGGAGGCAGGAAGAUCAGGAAUUCAGUGUCAUCCUCAGCUACAUAGCAAAUUCGAGGCCAGCCUAGACCAUGUAUGACUCUGCCUCAAACAAAUAAACAAACAAAUAACAAAAGAAAAAGAAAAAAAAAACUGUCUAAACUCCAGAUUGAACAGAUUUAACUAUAUAGUAAUUUUAACUUUUAAACUGAUUUGGUUUCUUUUAAAGAUUUAUUUAUUUACAACUAAGAAAACUUUGUUUUAUAUAAAUGUAUUUAUGUAAAUAUGCAUCUAAAGUAUAUGAACACAUAUAUUUAGAUACCUAGAGAAUAGGUUUCUGUUCUUGUGUGUGAAAGAUGGGGCUAGCACUACAAACAUGAUAACCAAACCUUCAGCACUCCUGACAUUGCGAGUGAAGUAAAGAUUUAAGUAAUUUGAAUUUACUUUCAGAAUUUUAAAAUCUUUUGGCGUUGUUUUACGAACCAGGGACACAAAACUUCUACCUUUUGGGCCCAGUGUUCUAUAUAGGAAGUCUUGUCAUUUGUUCAAUGACAUUUGGGGGAUGUAGAAUAUUUGUUAAGAAAUCUGUGAGGAAAAAAUUAAUAAAGCAACAAAAAUGA